AUGAGUUACCUCUCACCACUUCCUCAUUAUCCUAGUCAAAGCUUGGGUCGUGCUCGCUCCUUCAGCACUAUUCCAGACUCGGCAUCCGCUACUGAUCUAUGGGACCCCCGCCUCCGCCUCCACCACCCCCUCUACUCCCAUCCGGAGAGAUACUACCAUCUCGCAAAUGGAAGACAGAGGAUGCACCACGACGUAACAACCAUCCCGCACCUGCGCCGCCCAAGCCGUCCCGUCCCACAGUGGACGCUUCGGCACUACAGCACGCCGCAGCACGUCUGCGUAAGACCGGCUACAACGAACCGGUUCGAGGUGACGUCGAGAAUCUAUCCGAUGGACGAUUGGACCGACCGCAUCAACAAUUGCCUGACGGAGAUCGGACGUAUCGCGCGAACCUCCAACAAUUGGCUCAGCCGAAAACCAGAGCAGAGAUUCCUUCUCCGCCCACUUAUUCCAACCAACCUCGUCCGCUCGGCGACUUUCAUCGAGACCCCAAUGCGUUAA